AUGCCUGCUGGUCCAAUUUGUGUGUAUGAGUCGGCGUGUUUGCGUUUUCAUGUUGGCGUGGUAACUGCUCGCUUAAAGUUCACUGAACCAGCACCGCAACGGCCAGUACACUCGGAGAGAUUUAAUAGUGCUUCUGCCUGGAAGACUGGUUCGAUGGCGUCAUUGCGCCACACUUCGGGUCGUCAGGCCUCGGCCGACCGUCCAAUCCACGCCCCCGCCCCAGCUCCCGGUCAGGCGGGCGACGCGCCGACCGAUUGGCUGUGCAGGCACGUGGGGCCGAAUUUCGCCGGCCUCGCGUCCAGCCGGCCGACUCGGCCGCCGCCAAUCCGGCCAGCACUGGCCGCUCCGGUGACAGGCGGCAGACUCGCAGGCUGGCAGACCGGCUGGCCACUGGACGCGCCUCAGCAUCCUGUCGCGGCAGCGCCGAUCGUUGACGUGCACGUGCGCGCGCCUGCCUGCCUGCCUGUCGCCUGGCCCGAGACAGCAAGCCGACAGACACGCAGGCACCACCGACCAACCAAUCCGGUGAGCCGUCGCGCCAGGCUCAGGUUCGGCUUCGCUCGACGCGCUGCCUCCGGCUUAAGCUGCACGCCCCACCGCGUGGAGCACUGCACCACCGCGCGGCCAGCCAUAUUUCGCACAAGUGCACCUACUUUUACUUCACGCACACACACACACACACAUGCGCGCACAACACACCUGCGCCUGUUUUCGUCUAUUCAUGCCCCCUUCUUUUCGGGCGCGCGCGAUCCGCCAAUGCCAUCGCUGCGCCUGCGUGUGGAGCUGGCGGACAGCUCAAACGGCCCUCGACGAGGUGAGUUAAUUAGCGGCUUAAUUCGUCGGAAUUUCUGCUGCUUUUACUGCCGUCGCGGAAGCGCCCAACUGACUUGUCGCGUGAAAGGCGGCUCCAUUGACUCACGGACCGGCUUCGGCCCCGCUUCCGGCCCCGAACCCGAGGACAGCAUUCUCCUGCAGCCGUCGCGGCGCGCACGUCCAUCCGCCCGCUUUCUGUCGCAAAGGCCUCAGUGA